UAUGCCUCUCGCUACUAGACGAAUCAACCCUGAGAGUCUGUCAAUAACUGAUGCAAACAGCUGGGAGGACUUUUCAAAUGCGUCCUUCACGCAAGUUAUCCGGCAACUGGGCGAUCUUAGUCAUCUAGCUCAAGAUAUUUUUAAAGAGCUGAUCGUUAAAGCCGACAAUGUUAACCAGCGAACGAAUGCUCUUAGAACCAGAUUAGAUGAUGUACAGUCUCAAGUGCACAGACUCAACCCAUCCGACGAAACAUUAAAUCUGACGGACGUCAAUAAACGACAGCCGUUCAAAGUGACGCAGAGUGAGCAGCUGAGCUUCCUGGUAGCAGGCACCAGACCCCAGUCAAUCAAGGCUAUGUAUGAGGCAUGUGAACCCCCUCCGGACAUCGACAGAUGGACCAUCAAUGGAGAGGUGUCCAGGCUGAAGAAGUACACUGAUCCCGCCUUCUUCUUCAACAUCUGGGCAGCUGAGCUCAUGAAGAAGAUUGACAAGGCCAACGAGCAGAUUGACAACAAAAAGGAGCAAAGAAGAAAAGAGAUAAGCAGACAGCAGCCAGGAAAGGCCAAGACUCUGGCGGAGGAAACCCGCCGACCCAAAAUGCAGUAUGAGCCAAACAGAAAAGCUCCCGAGCCGCCCUCGGUCUCUGAUAACUACAUCAAUAUCACCCCCAAGAAAGAUUCGCCUGGCGACAAAAACUCUGCGGGAACCCCUGAUAUGUUUCCAGCACCCCCGCCAGCCAUUGUAAAGGGAGCAGUUUCGAACCCUAUGGAUGCAUCGCCAGAACUUAAGCAUAAGGGAGGCUCUGCCCCGCCAUCGGGUCCAGCGCCUCCUCCGCCCAUGGGAUCCGGAGGGCCGGCGCCUCCUCCGCCACCACCCCCUCCAAUCAUAGAAGCACCACCUCCUCCAGGCCUAAAAUCAAUCCCCUCGAAUGCUGGUGGACCAGCACCGCCACCACCUCCCCCAGCGACGGGUCCAACGACAGGGGCUCCUCCGCCUCCUCCACCGCCCCCACCAGGAAUACCGACGACUGGAGCUGCCCCGAGACCCCCAGCACCACCUGGCGGCGGAGGGCCUCCACCUCCCCCACCACCACCUCCACCUCCGGGAACUGGAGCACCGUCUGCACCUAGACCUCCGAAGCCACAAGGAGCUGGAACAUCAUCACCGAGACCUAAACCGGCGCCUGCUCCCGUGGACGACCGUUCUAAUCUGUUGAACCAGAUUCAAAGUGGAGUAAAAUUGAGGUCGAAAACCGAGCAGAAGCCUAUCGCUCAGGCAUCCAAAACGGAGGAUAGUCACUCCAAUCUGCUGGAGGGUAUCAAGGGUUUCAGCAAGAACAAAUUGAAGAAAGUGCCCCCGAAAGAAGAGACGAAGCCGAAGGGCUCAACUGCUCCGAUAGGGGGGACUGUGGAAGAGUUGAUGCAGAGUUUCCGCACAGCCAUCCGCUUCACGGAAGACGACGACGAGGAGGAUGAGGACGCCAAUGGACCUGAAUGGUGAACAACUCACGGUUUAAGAGAACAUGGUGUGAUGAUGGGGAUCAUAGAUGAGAUGAAGUGAAUUGUUGAAAAUACUGGCGAAUCGAUUGAAUCAGGGGCUGAUUUAAGAAAGGCAUGGAUCACCCCCUCCCUCUCUCUCGCUCUUUACUCGACUGAGGAAUUCGACCCCUUCAUCGCGCAAAAGUAGCAUUUUUUUGGGCCGACGAAGUGAAGAUAUUGCAAGAGGCGCUUUGGCAAACAACGCCUUCAAAAAGUGUUUUUUUUUUCCGCAAAAUUUCUUAGGUGUUGCCCCUAGCUUUAACAAAAAAAAAUAAGGUAAUUCGGGUGUUUCAGGAGAGCUCAGAAAUUCAAUUUGCCUGACAUAAAAACAAAAUCAGUAACUUUCGAAUAAAAAAAGUAGAAAUUCGGAAUGAAAUCCCCCAGCGUGAUCCUAGAAAAUCAUAGAUCCACCCCUGCCCUGAAUUAGAUAAACUUAAAUUUAUACAUACUUCUUGUUUAAAUGAAAUAUUUAGAUUCGCGUUGAAGUUGAAAAUUACAAAAAUGGUUUUGUAAUUGUCGAGAAAUUUAAUGCAGUUGAUCCAAGACGCUUUUGUGUUUUAAAGCUUGAUAUAUUUCGGGGAUCCUUGUCAUAUUGCAGCGCUUUUAAACGGUAUCAUUGUUUCACUCUUUGCCAUGAACGCUACUGUAUAAUCGAGCAGAAUAUUACAUUCUUGUCAUUUCUGAGGAGAAUCUUCAAUUUGAAUGAGGAAACAUCGUGCCCUGUGAAACGAUACUUGAUCGUUGUACAAAUAUGAUUAACAACUAGAGCACUGUUCAAUCAUCAUUAUAUGCACAAAUUGUUCUAAUAUUAUGAUUGUUGAAGCAUGCACACUAAGCUGAACAACCUCGAAAUCAUAAUACAAGUCCGAAGCAUAUUCGUAUUUUCGGAAGCUAUGCUGCAGUAAAUCUUGCUUUCGGUUGAAAGGUUUUUUAAACUAUUUAUUUGAAUUGUGCACGAACGCAUAUUAGUCAUAUGUCUAGUUCAUAAAAGGCAUGUGAUUGUCUAAAAUUAUUUUAAUUCUAGUCAGUAAAAUUGUUAAUUUAUGAAACCCG